UGAUCCCUAUAGAAUUCUAAGCACAUGGGAUGCCACCACCCAUUUCUGUGGGUGGGAGGGAGUCACGUGUGGCAGGAAGCACCGGCAGAGGGUCAUAGCCUUGGACCUCAGCUCCCGCGGCUUGGUGGGCUCUCUUACUCCAUCCAUACGAAAUCUCACUUUCCUCAGAAAAAUCAACCUUCAAUCCAGCAGAUUCUUUGAUAACAUCCCUUCUGAUAUUGGUAAUCUGGACCGGUUGCAGAAGCUAAACCUGAACUUUAAUUCAUUUGGGGGAAGGAUCCCUGUUGAACUGUCCAAUUGCUCUGAAAUCAGAGUGCUUGACCUGCAAAACAACCCUCUUGCUGGGAGAAUACCAGAUGAACUCAGGUCACUAACAAAGCUCGAGCAUGUACGGCUCGGUGCAAACAACAUCACAGAAGUCAUCCCACCUUGGCUUGGGAAUUUUUCUUCAAUUUUAGUGCUUGAUCUAUUGUCAAACUUCGUAGAAGGAAGCAUCCCAGAGGAACUAGGCAACCUUGGAAACCUAGAGUACUUUCAGGUGUCUGAAAACAUGCUUUCUGGUAUCAUUCCCUCGCGCCUUUAUAAUUUGUCAUCCUUGUAUCUCUUCAACGUGGCUGUCAACCAGCUGCAGGGUAGCCUUCCACCAACCCUGGGCAAUACACUUCCUACACUUAACCAGCUUUUUUUAGGUGGUAACCAGUUUGAAGGACCCAUUCCAGCUUCAUUGGGCAAUGCCACCAGAAUUGUAAACAUUGAUUUCUCUAACGACAGUUUUAGCGGACAGGCGCCUUCGAAUUUGGGAAGACUGCAAGGUCUUUACUAUCUCAAUCUUGGUGGGAACCAGCUUGAAGCAAGGAACAUUCCCUCUGGAAUUGAAAACCUGUUCAAUUUGUAUGCAUUGGGGUUUGAGAAUAACCUUUUCACUGGUAAUAUCUCAGAAGAAAUCGGAAAACUUCAGAUGCUGCAGGCUCUUUCCGUGGGUGGAAACAGUCUUAGUGGCAGCAUCCCAAAAGAGAUAUUCAACCUUUCAUUCCUGUCAAAUACCGUCGAUUUGUCUGACAACAAUUUGAUUGGAGAACUACCAUUAUUGGAUGUUGGCAGCAUGACAAAUCUCAGAACAUUAGUUCUUUCUGGAAACAAGAUGUCGGGUGAGAUACCUGCCACACUUGGCAAUUGUGAGGUUUUGGAAAACCUCUUCAUUGACGAUAACUUCCUCCACGGGACCAUUCCUCCGUCUUUGAGUGACAUAAAAGCACUUCAAAAUCUUGAUCUCUCGCACAAUAACCUGUCAGGGCCCAUGCCUGAAUUGCUGGCAAACUUACACUUUUUGCCUUAUUUCAAUCUGUCUUCCAACCAUCUGAAUGGUGCAGUGCCGACUAAGGGGAUCUUCAACAAUGCAACGGCUACCUCGCUACUUGGCGAUGAUGGGCUUUGUGGAGGUAUACCAGGACUUCACUUGCCUGCAUGUCCCAAAACAUCAUCAGAAAAGAGUGGAAGAUCGCAUCUGCCAAGAAAGGACAGGAGAUUACCUGCAUCUUCCUGGGAUGACAAAUAUCCGAAAGUAUUUUAUAGGGAAUUGGUUGAGGCAACUGAUGGAUUCUCCUCCAACUAUCUUAUUGGUGUAGAAAG